GUGUAGCACAUUUAUGUUAGCUCUUAUGGCUUUUUAAAAAGGGGUGCUUGACUAACAUGUCUUAAUCAUUACAUUGAGGUUUUUAUGUUUUUACGUAAAUAAGUUUCCACUUUGAGCUGUUUUAUUAUUUUGGAGUUUGGUAGUCGCGUGGCUAGUAGGUCAAGAUGAGGUACUGCAGCACACGGGGUGAGGUCUGUGGCUGGGACUUCCAUGAUGUCUUGUUCUCAGGUUUUGCUCCAGAUGGGGGUAUGUUCAUGCCUGAAAGUCUCCCUACGCUGAGUUCAGAUACCCUGAGGAGCUGGAGGAACCUCUCCUAUCCCAAACUAGUUGUGGAAGUGGCCUCUCUGUUCAUUCCAUCAGAACUUAUACCCCGAGACGAUCUAGAUGCCUUGGUACACGCCGCUCUCUCUGGUUUCUCUGUGCCUGAGGUGGUAAAGAUGGUGCGACUGAGAGAUGGUCUGUCUGUGUUGGAGCUCUUUCAUGGAGACACAUUGGCCUUUAAGGAUUUGGCCAUGACUUGCACUGUACGCUUCAUUGACUACUUUUUGCACAAGGAAGGUCGCAGGGCCACCGUUGUUGUAGGCACUUCAGGAGACACUGGAGGUUCUGCUAUCCAAAGUGCCAAGGGUUUGUCUGGGUUGGAUGUGAUGGUCAUUUAUCCAAGAGGACGCAUAACUCCAGUCCAAGAGAAACACAUGAUAACAGCACUCGAGGAUAAUAUCCACGUUUUUGCAGCUGACGGUUGCUCAGAUGAGAUUGAUCAGCCUUUACGCCGCCUGUUUUCUGACCAAGACUUUGUCAAAACGUAUGGUCUCAUGAGCCUGAACUCAGUGAACUGGUCCAGAGUCAUGGUCCAGCUGGUACACUUUAUCUAUGCGUAUCUUCAGCUCAUCGACUUGGACCAAGUGACAGACCUCCAAACAUCACCUGAGCUGGAGGUUGUGGUUCCCACUGGAGGGGCUGGAAACAUUGCAGCUGGUUACAUUGUGAAGCAGAUGGGCUUGCCCCUGAGACUUGUGGCCAUGGUGAACUCUAAUGACAUUGUACACAGAACAGUCACCAAAGGGGACUUUUCCAUGGCAUCAAAAGUCUUGCAAACAUUGGCCCCUGCAAUAGACAUUCAGGACCCAUACAACAUGGAGAGGGUAUUCUGGCUUAUGCUUGACAAAGAUGGAGCUUGUGUAAAGAAACUGAUGGAGGAGUUUCAGAAUUCACAUAGACACACUCUGCCUGAAAACCACCGCAAAUUGCUUUCUCAACUGCUGUCAACUGGAACAGUAAAUGAUGACGGCAUCUUGGAAACUAUGAGAAGGUGUUGGGAGGAGAACCAAUAUAUACUCUGUCCACACACCGCUGUAGCAGUGUGGCAUCACUACAACUGCCCCCACAAAUACGGACUGCUCAGGUGUUAUAUUGCUACAGCAUCUCCAGCCAAGUUUCAGUCAGCGAUUCAAAAGGCAGGUCUGACCUUUGACCUUCCAGAGAAAGUACAAGAAUUGGACAAGUUACCCAGUAGAUAUGAAAACUUGGAAAAAAGCCUAGACUGGUGCAAAGAGUGGGAGGACAGACUCAAAGAAAAAAUAAAGGUUGUAGCCUCAGCCAGAUCACACAGUGUUUCCUACUACAGAUAGCCUGUUUUAAUCAAAGCUAUGUGAUCUAAUAAUGUUACCUCUGAAAAUUUAACAACAGACUGCUGUGGUGUUGUAAUAGAUCCACGGUUUUAACUUCUGGUGUAAUUUGUAGACAUUUCCUCUGUACUUAUUAAACAUGUUGUGUAUAUU